AUGUUGCUGUAUGCCAUUCUAGCGACGGGAACCGUCUUUGCGCCAUCGCACGCACAAUCGAAACACCACCAGGACGUGUUCCUCGAGAUUGUCAACAAAGCCGUCAUCAAGAACGGCGAAAUGUUCAGCUUGCAGCUGAUUCAGGCCAAGCUGAUCCUGGCUCUCUUCGCUUUCUCUCAAGGCGAAUACAACCGGGCAAGUGAUCAUUGUGGUUCUGCUACGCGGAUCGCGUCUGGUUUGAGAUACGACACUGAGGAGGGAGUCCCGACGAUCGAAGAUCAGGGUCCAUUGGAUUUCGACUUGUCUCGUGACAUGUUGGUCGAAUGCCGGCGUCGGACGGUCUGGGCGGCCUACCUGAUGGACAGAUUGAGUUGUUGCUGGUCUGCGUCCGUUACUACUGUCAACCGUUCUGACUGCCACCUCCGCUUACCAUGUGCUGAGGCGGCCUACGAAGCAGGACACGUCACACUGACCCCGUUCGUUCUUGGAUCGCCCAACAACAACAAAGAGAGCCAACCUAGCUCCCCUCGCGAAUCAUCAGAAGUCGGCUCUUUUGGUUAUUUGGUGGAGAUCGCGGCCAUCUUCAGUGAGGUGAUGAGCGCUGCCGGCAGGGGUAGAACUCAGCCUCCGACGAAAAAUCGCUCGACGCCGGACGCCUUCCGCCAGGAUGUCCUGGGCCGGCUCGAGACUUGGGACCACCUUAUGAAGAGACACGUCCGCCAAGACCGAGAUGGACGAGAGAAAGCCAGUGCCUUCCACAUUCUCUAUCACUACACGGCCAUAGUCCUAGAUCGGUACGUUCACUACUUGGAGAUGGACCAGCAGCGGAUUGGUGCCCGUGCAAGGCGAGCACAUGAACACGCCCCCCAGCUGUUAGCAUUGGUACAGAGAAUACGCGAGCAGAGCAACACCAAGCACGACCCCUGGCUUCGUUUUGUGAUGUUGAACCCCUUCAGUGGCUUCGCCAUAACAGCCGCGUUGGAUGUCAUCACUGCGGCCGGGCUGGUGUCGAGUUUGAUGGGCCACGAGAGCCCGGUCAUGUCCUUGAUUGCGAGCGUAAUUCCGGUCCUGGAGAGUCUAAAGGAUCACUGGCACAGUGGUCGUCAGCAGCACCAGAUUUUCGACCAGAGGUUGAGAGCUCUUCUGGGGGUAUCCAGCAAGGCCUCCGAAUUCAACGGAGCAUAUUUCUUUGGGCACCCGCUGCAAAGUAGCAUUGACUUGGACCAAGACAUUACGUACGGGCUUCCCCGGCACAGGUAUUUUGAGGCAAUGGGGUGGGACGAGACUCUCCAUGAGGGGGAGUUCCAACGACUGGACUAG